AAUAAUUGACCAUAUUCACAGGAUAGGACUGAGUUUCUGCUGGUAUAUAAAUACAGCAUAUAACUUUACGAAGGUAAAAUCAAAACCAUGCAAGGAUCCAAGCUUCGAUAAUCAGACUAUGCUCAGUAUUGUGAUUCAGCAUGAUUUUGAUCAAGAUGGUGUGACUCAGCUUUCAAUCUGUAUCGUUAAAAAGGUCUCGUAAAUGAUACUAAUCUGCUGAUCUCAAAUCAAGAUGAGUACAGUCUUAGAAUUGGAACAGAGGAAUAAUUAUUUGAAUGGAAACGAUGAGAAUGGUCUUACUGACGAUCCAGUACAAAAACAAACUACAUUAACGGCCAUCGGAAAGACCAAGACGUUUGUCGGACUGGACAAAGAAGAAUGGAUAUUCAUUACCUUAUCAGUACUAAACUUCAUGGUCGCCAUCGGUUUUACCAUAGCAAGAAUGACUCAAAUACCCACAGAUACGCCUGAUUUUACUUUUGCUGUUAUAUUAAUCAUCAAUGCAGUAUUCUGUGUCUUCUACGCUAUCCACGGUGUCCUACGAGAAAGAGAGUUUGAAAUCUACGCWUACAUCGCAGCCAUAAUAAUUGUUUUCUCAUAUGUAUUGAUAAACCUUGUCAAUAAUCCGGAAAAACGAAAUGCAGUCAAAUGGGCUCGAUUUGGCACUAUCUUGCUGUUUGCUCCGUUUAACAUUUACUAUGGUAUCGUUGUGGCACGAGGGUUUGGAUUUUUGGAAUUCAGAAUAGUUGGAGCAGCUGUUACCCUACAAAAGAUGUACAGAAGAGCUGGCAUAUUUUCCUGCCUGCUAAAAUUUGACUUCCAGCUUGCACUAAGUCUAGCAGUGCUGGUCAUCUACAACCCCGCGUCAUGGGACGGGUCAGAAAUACUUAUUGUUAGCGUUGGUAUACCCUUCCAGCUAGCGUGGUCCAUCUUCGGAUGGUUGACGUUGCGCAAAGAAGUCAAGUAUCUGUUAUUCAUUUUCAUUCCUGCGUCACUAGUUGAGCCAGGCUACAUUUCUUAUCAAAUAUACAUGAUUCACCAAGAUUGGUCAGCAAAAACGAAGAACUGUCUGCAUGAUACUGGAAACUGUAAUCUAGUGUUCUCAUUUUUUCUCGCAGCUGGUUUGGCUUUGYUGGUUAGAAUACUUGUCCUCUGUAGUCUUAAAUUUGUUGUUGACAACUUUGGCAAAGGACUUCGGGAAUCCGUUUAUAAUAUCCCGGAUGCUGACCACAAAACACCACUUCUACCAAGAAAAAGAGACAUAGCGCAAUGCUGUGGUGUUGUCUGUUGUGGUCCACUUGGUUAAAAAACGAUCUUCAGUCAACCUACACAUUGGUGCUAAUACAAAAUUCAUCUCCAUGGUAACAGCACGCGAUAAUAUUUGCAUGCGUGGUAACCCCUAGCAACGUCACAUGGUAACAGUGCACAGGGACCUUACUUUACUCUUUCUUAACUCUUACCAAAGAUUUUCUGGUAGGAAAAAAAGAUUAAGACCUAAAAAUUAGAUAUAAAUAACUAUACCGCCGGGAAUUAACCAAGCAUGCACAGAAAAGAGAAAAGAUAGUGGUACAAAUAUAUCUUUUAACAUACAGCAUAAGGCUUCAUAGUUUAUACGAUCACGAAUACCCCAAAGCAUCAUGAAUUGGAGUAUUCGUGAUAGUAUAAUAAAAUCCAUGAUGAAUAAUCUUUGAGUCCGACAAUUCAUCAGUAUUUUAGUUACUGAUUUAUCUAUUUUUAAUUAUCGCUUCAACAUAUGGUAAAACUUUUUUUUYCACUCGCGAUAAGAUUAUUUGCUUUACUAUUUUCGAUAAAAAACGAAAAGCAAAAGGAAAAAACUUCCGGUCAAAUUCUAGGUCGGAUUCAAAAAUAAAUAAAAUAAAAAGAUUUAAACAAUUCGACAUUAACUCCCAUUGUCAAACAUAAAUAAAUGUAAAUAGAAAAUCUUGGAUUUCUUUACGUGUUGGAUGCAUAGCUUGGUAAAGCUAAGAGGGCGUUAAUUUUAAAUAUCAACAACUGAAGAGGAGAAUAGAGUUCACGGUCUUUGAUACGGCAGUAAUUGAAGAAAAAAAAAAAAAAAAAAAAAAAAAAAAAAAA